AACGCACGGGAUUAACUGACGAGCGCUCCGGUACCGGGGACUUGGAUGUGUGUUUUGUCCCGCAGGAGUCACCUGGAGUCCGGGCGCACAGACGGGGCCGAUGGCGCAACGGUAUGAAGACCUGGCCCACUACGGCCUGGAGGGGGUGGGUGGGGUGUACGGAGACCCGCACCAUCACCACCACCACCACCACCACCACCACGCUGCUGCCGCUGCCGCCCGCUCCCUGCAGGCCGUUCACCUGGCCGCCGCCGCCACCGCUGGUCCCUACCCUCCGCACCAGUACUCCCAGUCCUCCCACAGCAGCGCCGGCAUGGCUGCCGCGGCUGGGGACGCCGUCAAGAGGGACAAAGACGCCAUUUAUGGACAUCCUUUAUUCCCUCUGCUCGCACUGAUUUUUGAAAAAUGUGAACUGGCGACCUGCACGCCGAGAGAGAGCGGCGUGGCCGGAGGAGACGUCUGCUCCUCGGACUCCUUCAACGAGGACAUCGCCGUCUUCUCCAAACAGAUCCGAUCAGAGAAGCCCUUAUUUUCAUCAAACCCAGAGCUGGAUAAUUUGAUGAUUCAGGCGAUACAAGUGCUGCGCUUCCACCUCCUGGAGCUGGAGAAGGUUCACGAGCUUUGUGAUAAUUUCUGCCAUCGAUAUAUCAGCUGUCUGAAAGGGAAGAUGCCCAUUGAUCUGGUUAUAGACGACAGAGACGGAAACAAAUCGGACAGUGAGGACUUCAUCAGGUCAUCGGGGAACAACCUGGAUCAGAUUUCAUGGAGCCGAGAUCAUGACGACGCGGUGUCGAUCCGGUCGGCCGGGACACCGGGACCGUCCAGCGGUGGACACACGUCUCACAGCGGCGACAACAGCAGUGAACAAGGCGACUGUCUGGAUAACGGCAUAGCGUCUCCCAGCACCGGGGAUGAUGAUGACCCUGACAAAGACAAACUGCACAACAAGAAGAGAGGAAUCUUCCCCAAAGUGGCCACCAACAUCCUGAGAGCCUGGCUGUUCCAGCACUUGACGCAUCCGUACCCAUCGGAGGAGCAGAAGAAGCAGCUGGCUCAGGACACCGGCCUCACCAUCCUGCAGGUCAACAACUGGUUCAUCAACGCGAGGCGGCGAAUCGUCCAGCCCAUGAUCGAUCAGUCCAACCGAGCAGUGAGCCAGGCGGGACCGUAUGGCCCAGAUGGUCAGCCAAUGGGAGGCUUCGUCAUGGACGGACAGACACACAUGGGAAUCAGACCAACUGGACUCCUUCAGCAGGUCUGCAGACCUCCAUGGAGGGCGUGGAGCAGGACCCCACGCCUCCUCACCUGUCCUCCCCCCAGCCCCACCCCUCUGGGCACCUGCCCGGCCUGAAGCGGAAGCCGCCCGCUGCCGCCGCCAUCUCCAGGGCCACCGGAGACGCUUCGUAACUUUGCAAAUCUCCCAGCUGGAGCACAGAAACAGAGAGAAUGUGAGGACAGAUGGAGAUCUGGAGGAGGAAUGAUAAACAGUUGUGUAUUAACUGAUGACACCUGGAUUUUUCUGGAGGACUUUUGUGAAUCGGGACUUAAAAGUCAGCCUUGCGUCCCUGCGCUUGAUCGUGUCCUAUCUGUGACGGAUGAAGUCCGACAGAUCUAACCUCCCUGCUCCUUCUCUGGACUGCGACUACGGAAGCCCUGGGUGGACAUUUUAGAACCAGCAGAACUUCCUUCCCGUCCUCUCCUCCUCUCCAGCCGAUGAACCGGUAUCGACACGAAGCCGAUGUCUGUAUUUCCCGAGGAGUUCUCUUCAAACAGGACACCUCGACCAACCGUUUUUCAAGAGACUGCAGCUCUGAGAAAUGGAUGGCCGAGGUCACGUGACGGAGCGCUGUUGACCGUGGACUCUCCGAGACAAGUCGAAACAAGUGCUCUCUUGCUGCCUUUUGCAUAAUAAUACCAUUUUAAAAUGAAAGGACUGGUACUGUUUCACCUUUCACACUGUGUGUGUUUGUCUUUUUUCAUAAACUUCUAUCCUCCCUCGAGCCCCACAAAUAUUUCAGUUCUAAAAAUAAAAAAGUGAAGCAACAUUGUUCCUCUAUUCGUGAAAGUAUUUUUUUUUGGAUUUUAUCGACGCCUGGUGCUUUUGGCUCCUUGUGUUGAGAUUUUUAACAAAGUGUUGUCAGGCUCUGCAGAAGCUCUCCGUUGUAGAUGAACGCCACUACGUUGACUCAAGAACUGAGCUGGAGUUUAGAGGUUCUGGUUUGUAACUAGUGCUUCUGUUCUGAUAGACACUCUGCUUUUCCGCCUCUAUAUUUGAGGGGGAAAUUUUAUGUUAUCUCCUAGAAAUGAUGUAUUUAUAAUUUAUUGUGCCAAACACUUUCUGAGGAAAACGUAGUUGUUAGCUCGAUUAUCUUCACUGACUAGAUAUUUUCAAUCUGGGGGGAAAAAAAACUGUCAAACCGAGUCCCCCCUGUGUGUUUUAGUUUGGACCCCAAUGGCACCUUGGUUAGAGUCAGGCAAGGAAAAAUAUUGUCAGUUAAACGCUGAGAGAUUAAAGAUAUUUAACCAAAGCGUCCGUUUUUCUCUCAUAACCAAGAAAGGUCAAAUCUUGCUUUAGUUGCUAGAAGUGGAAAUGAGAAAACAACUGAAA